UCCACGAUGACAUCCUUUUCGUUUAUCUUCUUCCUCUUAACCAACAAUCCACGGGAAAAGAAAAGAAAAGAAAAUCUCUGAUCUAGCACCCAAAACCUUCAAUUUAAAAUCAAUCCAAAAAGAUUAAAAAAUAAAUAAAAAAUCAUAAUGACCAAGCUUUUCUUUCUCAUCUCUCUCAUCUUCGUACUAAUCACCUUUACCUCUCAAUUAGAAAAACAGAAACCCCCAACUGCCGCCCACACCGAGCUCACAAACUACGGCUUCCCAAUCGGGCUCCUCCCUUCCUCCGUAAAAAGCUACACUUUCAACCAGACUUCUGGCGAAUUCUCCGUUGAACUUGGUGGCGCGUGUAAGAUCACGCUCCCUCCUGACAAUUACUUAGCCAUGUACUCCAAAAGGGUUAGUGGGAAGAUUGUUGAGGGUCGGAUCGCGGAACUGGAUGGGAUCCGGGUUCGGGCUUUUUUUAAAUGGUGGUCGAUAACGGGGAUUAGUUCUAGCGGAGACAAUUUGGUUUUUGAAGUUGGGAUGAUUACUGCUAAAUAUCCUUCCAAGAAUUUUGACGAGAGUCCUCAGUGUGAGGGCAAACACUCUUCUUCUUGAAAAAGAUUCUUAUGUGUUUCCUUUUCCUUCUCUCAAGGGUGGGUUGCGCAUUGCUCAUUGAAGUGGUUCCUUUUUCUCCUUCGCACGGUUCCAUUUAACACGUUGUGGUAUGUUUACUUUAUGGGCUGGAGGCACUCAGUAAAUCCCAUAAAUUAUGAGGCACUUAUAUUCUAGAGUCUAGACUACAAGGAUUGAAACCAUUUAUGUUGAUUCAAUGUUUGUAUCUGUUUAUAUGCCCACGGAUUUGAAUGCUAAGCUCCUAUUUGCAGUCAAUUCUCAAGACUGAAGUCUGUCAUAUAACAACUCUCUUUUGAAAUUACUAUUUUCUGUAUCUGCUAUGUAGUUGAAAUUCUGAUUU